GCAGAUGCCUGUGUGCACUUCACAGUAGAGUGAGCUCAGGGUCUCAGGAACCAUGAUGUCCUCAGCACUACUGUUGAAUUUUCUGCUUCUGGUGUCCAUUGCUUCAGCAGGACACCAUUAUGGAGGCUCAAUGACCUUCAGCCCUAAAGGAGCCAAUGCAGAUGGGAGCAUGAGGGUUGAGUUUCGAAUCAAGCAAACCUAUGACCAGUGUGGUUAUAAUUGGUGGUACUGCGUCUCCGGGAAUUGUGGCAAUGAAUACACAAAUGCACGAGGUCAAAUCGAUAGCAGCUCUAAUGGCCGAAGUGCUUAUACCAACAGCUGGUGCCAAAUGGAAACUGUUGUCACAAGAAACAUCUAUGGAAACACACCUUUUGACCUGCGAGACUCCUCAUGCUGCUGGGUGCCCACAGUGAACAAUCUUGAUUCUUGGUUCUUCCAGACCCACAUAGAUCUAGGCAUAAGGGCUGAUACUAAUCAACCCAACCGAUCACCUGUCACAACUAUUUUACAACUUCUACGUGUUCCUCAAAACUGUCCUCGUACAUACCACCUGAUGGCCUACGACCCAGAUGGUGACCAGGUCAGAUGCAGAUAUGGAAAUCAGCAACAAGUUGAAUGUGCCACAUGUGACCAGCCAAGUGGUUUCAACGUAAAUCAAGAUGCCUGUACACUAGACUACAGCUAUACCUACAACAGUGGCGUCUACGGAUUUGAGCUGAUUCUGGAGGACUUCCCAAGGAAACACACCACUCUGGCCUAUACUGAUGGCUCCAGCUCUUACAGAUGCUCUCUGAACGGAAGAUACAGAAGUUCAAUAGGCUCAACAGCAUACCCAUGGUAUUACCAACAAAGUACCACAAAUGUACCAUGGUGGCAACAAAGUACAAGUUCUGCUUCACCAUCGUGGUGGUGGCAACAGCAACAGCAACAAUCGUCCACCACUCCACCUACAACUACACCAUGGUGGUGGCAGCAACAAUCUUCUACUACUACCGCUUCAUCAUGGUGGGGGUGGUGGUACCAGCAACAAUCGACCACCACUCCACCUACAACUACGCCAUGGUGGUGGUGGUACCAGCAACAAUCGACCACCACUCCACCUACAACUACGCCAUGGUGGUGGUGGUACCAGCAACAAUCGACCACCGCUCCACCUACAACUACACCAUGGUGGUGGCAACAACAGUCUUCUACUACUACCGCUUCAUCAUGGUCGGGGUGGUUUCAACCGCAACAGCAACAAUCGACCACCACUCCACCUACAACUACGCCAUGGUGGUGGCAGCAACAAUCUUCUACUACUACCGCUUCAUCAUGGUGGGGGUGGUGGCAACAGCAACAAUCGACCACCACUCCACCUACAACUACGCCAUGGUGGUGGUGGCACCAGCAACAAUCGACCACCACUCCACCGAUAACAUCCCAGUGGUGGUGGUGGCUGCAGACCACAACCACAACCACAACAACAAGCUCACCACAACAGUACACGACUACCAUAGGUUCACAUCAGCGUUCUUAUGAACCUUUCAGCAAGAUCCCUCUGCAAUUCAGUCUUCUCGUUGAUUCAGCCGCUCCUUCCUGCACUGAGGGACAUUACAUACCUCACUUUGUGUCGCCAACUCCACGCAACGGAGAAGAAAUCCAAGCUACGCCACUCCAUGAACUGGAAAUUCGGGUUAAGGCUGUAGCAGCUUAUUCAACGGUUUCUGAUGUCAUUAUCAGUGGUCCUCUGAAUAUAACUAAGCACGCUUUGAGUACUGGAGAGUACGCCAUCAGAUGGACACCAAUGAGGAACGACCUCGGGGAUCAUUUCCCUGUGUGUUUCAUUGCUGAGAGCAUGAGCGGAAGCAGCAUUUAUCAGUCUGAAAUGAGAUGUGUCAUUGUCACUGUUGGACACCAGACUGUGGAUGCCAAUGUGAUUUGCACUGGGACCAACAUAGUCAUUGAAAUUGAGCAGCUGCACUCUGUCGGGCUCCACAAAGACUAUCUGCGACUCAACGAUCCUGCCUGCACUUUGGACUCAAAUGGCACUCAUGUGUUGGCAAAUUUUUCACUCAAUGCUUGCGGUACCAUGAUUGAGGAGGAUGAUCAGUACAUCAUUUUCAAGAAUGAAAUUUUCUCAACUGAUGACCCAAACAGCAUAAUUACCAGAAAACACGAGGUAGAGAUUGAGUUCUCAUGUCGUUUUGAGAAGAAAAACAACAUCUCACUGGAGUUCACUGCACGGAGACACACGACCACCAUCACCGAGAGAGGCUUUGGAACCCUCACCUACAGCUUUGGGCUCUUCAGAACAGCAAACUACUACCAAGAAAUAGACGUGAUCGCAUAUCCAGCAGAGUAUGAGCUUGGGGAGAUGAUUUACAUGCAGAUUGAAUCCCAGUCUUCAAUCAACAACACUGAGCUUUUCGUCGAAUCAUGUGUAGCGACACCAUUCAAUGACCCCAACUACCAAACGUCCUACACAAUCAUUCAAGAUGGGUGCAUCUUGGAUGAAACAGUAGAGUUCUACACAAGCCACCAGCCAAUGGUCCGCUUUGGCCUGCAGGCCUUCCAAUUUAUUGGAAUGCAUGAGCAGGUGUUCAUCAGCUGUUCGGUGAUUCUGUGUGAGGCAAACAAUCCCAACACCCGCUGCUCUCAGGGCUGCGUCAACAGCACAGUCGCUCCACCGUCCCACCACCAUCGCAAAAGAGAGGCUCCCAUCCAGACCGGCAGUCACUUGGUCUCCCAGGGGCCCCUGCGACUGAAGAGGAGUGUAGAGGGUGAAGUGUCCUCCAGUGUCUUAAACCUGAAUCUGGUUUUCAUUGCCGGAUGUCUCCUAGCAGCUAUUGGCAUGGUGUGUGGUGUUCUCAUCUACAAAACCAGGAGACCAGAGGUCAAAUAUCAACCUCUUCAGACAAAUGACAUUUAAUGGAUCGCCUCAAAGACUACAAAAUUAUUUAAUCUUUGCUCUCUUGGGGAAGAUUAUGAUUUUGAAAGAUUUGUUUCUGUUUAAUCACUUUUAAUCAAUUUUAAUCAAGUUAUCUUUCAUAACUUAUGUCACUGUUUUGGUCUAUUAGUGCAUAUGCUAUUAGUGCAUAUUCAAAAAGAGUUCAAAUAAUGUACAUCCAUAGAGAGAAAUAAACAUUCCUCCUCUGUA